AUGAAGCAACCGAACUGGCUUGAACUGCCUUCAGAGGUAAUGUCAAUGAUUCUGCAGAAAGUAGGGGCCAUUGAAAUUUACCAAAACGUUCGAUAUGUUUGUUCUUCGUGGCGUAUGCUGUCCGAGGACCCUCUCAUCUGGCGCUCCAUCGAUAUGCGCAUCUCCGGGAAUUUGCCUUGUAGCAAUUACCACUUGAGGGAUGCAUGCAGGUACGCUGUUGAUCUUAGUCGUGGCCACUUGAUUGACAUCAGCAUUGAAUCCUUUGGAACCGAUAGUUUGCUCUUAUACAUUGCUCGGAGAUCAAGUGAACUAAAAAGACUGUGGAUUGCAGAUUGCUUUUGCAUUUCAGACAUGGGAUUGAUUAAAGCAGUAUCAAAACUUCCAUUAUUAGAACAACUUGAAAUAUUUCUUUGUUGUUUUGAUGCAAAAACCUUGGGAACUGUUGGAAUGUGCUGUCCUCUUUUGAAAUCUUUGAAAUUGAACCAACAGUUUUGCACAGGAAAAGGGAUGGUCUGUGACAGAGAAGCCAUUGCCAUUGCUAAAACUAUGCCUAAAUUACGACACCUUCAGAUAUUAGGCAAUGCCUUAAGUGACAAAGGCUUGCAAGCCAUUCUGGACGGGUGUACUGAUCUUGAAUCUCUCGACUUGCGUCAGUGUUUCAACUUAAAAUUUGAAGGUCAACUGGGAAAAGUGUGUGUUGAAAAGAUCAAAACCUUGCAUAUGCCUCAUGAUUCCACUGAUGACUAUGAAUUUAAUACUGACAUUAUUUAUUGUGAUGGUGAUGAUUUUGAAGAUUAUCCUAAUGAUUUAUUGCAUGACAACAAAGAUAGCGAUAGCUAUGGUUAUGAUAAUGUUGAUGACGACGAUGACAACGAACACGAUCCUGGGGAGGAGAGGGAAGAGCACGAGGUUGUGUGCACCAUAUGUCAUCCUUUGGUUUGGGCAUGA